AUGUUAAAGAGCGUUAUUUCAAAGAGAACAUUAGCUACUGCAGCUCAAACCAUAGUGCCAAAGGAAUAUGGUGGUCGUUUCACCGUAACUUUAAUUCCAGGUGAUGGUGUUGGUAAAGAAAUUACCAACUCCGUUAUCUCUAUAUUUGAAUCCGAAAGAAUUCCAAUCGAUUGGGAAACUGUAGAUAUCUCUGGGAAUGAUGAAGCUGAUAAAGUUAAUGCAGCUGUGGAAUCUUUAAAAAGAAAUAAGAUUGGUUUGAAAGGUAUUCUACAUACUAAUGCUGCUGAUCAAGCAGGUCAUGGUUCCUUCAAUGUUGCAUUAAGAAAAAAAUUAGAUAUUUAUGCUAAUGUGGCUCAUUUUAAAUCAUUAGAAGGUGUAAAGACUAGAAUACCCAAUGUUGAUCUAGUCGUCAUUAGAGAAAAUACCGAAGGUGAAUUUUCUGGUUUAGAACAUGAAUCUGUCGAAGGUGUAGUUGAAUCUUUGAAAAUUGUUACAAAACCAAAGACUGAAAGAAUUGCUAGAUUUGCAUUUGAUUAUGCUAAGAAAAAUAACAGAAAACAUGUUACUGCCAUUCAUAAAGCUAACAUUAUGAAAUUAGGUGAUGGUCUGUUCAGAAAUAUCGUCACUGAAAUCGGUGCCAAUGAAUAUAAGGACAUAGAAACUUCCGCAAUGAUUGUUGAUAAUGCAUCCAUGCAAUGUGUUGCCAAACCGCAUCAAUUCGAUGUCAUGGUCACUCCAUCCAUGUACGGUACUAUCCUAGGUAACAUUGGUGCUGGUUUGAUUGGUGGUCCAGGUUUAGUUGCGGGUGCUAACUUUGGUAGAGAAUACGCUGUCUUUGAACCAGGUUCCAGACAUGUUGGUUUGGAUAUUCAAGGCCAAAAUGUAGCAAAUCCAACUGCUAUGAUUUUGUCAGCCACUUUGAUGUUGAACCAUUUAGGUUUGAACGAUAAGGCCAGUAAGAUAUCUGAUGCCGUUCAUAAAGUUAUUGCUGAAGGUAAGACUACCACAAGAGAUAUUGGUGGUUCUGCAUCAACCACUGAAUUUACACAAGCUGUCAUUGACAAACUAGCUACUCUAUAA